AUGGCCGAUGCCGUAUUUCAAUCAGCAGAUACCAACAGAGACAACAGGUUAGAUUUAAAUGAAUUUCGCAAUCUUGUAAGUCAAAACCUUACCGGUGGAGCUCAAUUUGGUGGAAGCUCUGGUGGCGGAGCUCAAUUUGGUGGAAGCGCUGGCGGCGGAGCUCAAUUUGGUGGAAGCUCUGGCGGCGGAGGAUCAAGUUAUGGAUAUGGUGGAGAGAUUGGCGGUGCUGGUGGCUAUGGCUCAUCUUCAUUCCAAUCAAAUUCGUACGAAUCGUCAUCAGGUUAUGGGGGAGAUGUAAGCGGCCAAUUUGGAGGACAAGCUGCAUUUGGACAAGGAGGAUAUGGACAAGGUAGUGGAAACGGUUACGGUAUUUCAGGCGAUUUAUCUGGCGGUGGUAUCGGAUCUUCCAGUUUUGACAGUUCAACUUUUUCAUCAACUGGAAUAGGAGGACUUGAUACAACUGGUCAAAGUUUUGGAGGUGCUGGAGGUAUUGGAGGUGCUACAUUUGGUCAAACCGAUUAUUCUCAAACAGGUGGAACUACAUCGUUUGAAAGUAGUUCACAAAACACUUCUGUUCAGCACUAUGCCACUGAUGCUAAAGGCUUAUUUCAAGAUCCAAAUCCACAAAUAAUCAAGCGACAAGCACCAGGGGGAGCAAUCACAUAUAAACAAAACAUAAUGGUUCGAUUUCUUCAACCGCCUGCCAUUCCUCCACCGGGCCCACUCAUCAUCAAGGAAGUUAGACCACCACAGCCACCAGCGCCACCACCGCUCGUUGUUCGUCAACGUGCUCCUGCCCCACCCCAACCACCACCACUCAUUCUUCGCGAAAGACCACCGCAAAUCCCAGCCUCGGUUGGAUCACAAACAGUUAUCCGAAAAUUGCCUGCAUUACCUGUGCCACCACGCUCAGUCAUCAUCGAACGCUUACCUGCUCCACCUCCAAAACCCCGUGAUAUUAUCAUUGAACGAUGGAUUCCGUAUGGUGCUAUGGAAAAACGAAAAACAAUUGUUCAACGUGCUACUGCAGCCCAACAAUACAAGGCGCCACGAAAUAUUAUUUAUAUUUAUGAAAAUGUCCAAGCUCGUGUUGUUCGACAAUUUCAACGACUUGGUGUGACACCGGAAAAUCCCCAGUCAUAUAUUCAACGUUAUGGUGCACAACUUAAAGAUGCUCAGACAUUACUACAAGAAGCAAGAGCAGCGGGUGUUGUUGAAGACAUUUCCCCACCCGGAGUUGGUGCAGGUGGUGCGUUUAGCCAAUCAUCAUCAUCAUUUGGGACUGAAUUUUCCAGUGGUGGCGCGCGAGGAGGAUUUUCCGCAUCAGGUGCAGAAUUCGGGGGCCAAUCGGGAUAUGCUGGUUUAAGUGGAGAAUUUGGAGGAGCUGGAGGAGCCGCCGGAUUUGGAGGAGCUGGAGGAUUAAGCGCCUCAACUUAUGAACAAUCGGCAUCAUCAUAUGGCACCCAAGGUAAAUAAAGUUCAGCUAGACAACGUGUUCUUGAUAAAAUUAACUGAAACUUAAGUAGAAAUUAAAACACAAAUAUAAAACACUAUACUACACAACACCAGUAGGCUGAGGCUAUUCUUGUUUCUUUUAAUGUUCAAAUCAGCGUAAGCAGCUUGAAAUCUUCUUGUUCUCAUUCAGAGAAUAGAUAUCGAGGCCCCACGCCUUUUCUGUAUCCGACACUCAUGCCUCUACAGAAAAUGUUUAAAAA